GCUUUUAUUAUUCAUUUUAUGGUUUAUAUUGAUUUUUUAUAAGAUGUUUUUGUCUGAAAUUAUUAGAUAAGAAAUGAUUUUUUUUACAAUUUUUGGAAAAAUCAGGAAAAGUCGUGAAUUUGAAAAUCGGAUUUGAAUGGUCACUCUGUGCCCUAUGUUGUUUUUGAAGUUUUUGUUAUCUUUAUUAUCAACAUUAAGAAAAUCAUUCAUUUUUAACAGCGUUUCAUUUUACAAACAUAAAAGUAAUUUAAGUACUAUACAAAAAUAUGUAAAAUAAUGUUGGUCGAAAUUAGGUAUGUGCCAAUACAAGCUAAAUGAAUAUAUAAAAAGCGAUUUAAGUAAAAUGAUACUCUGACUUAUCGUUAAGAUCCAACACGGCUGUUGAAAAACAAAAAGUGUCAUGAUGUUGCUCUUUUUAAAUAUCCUUAAGAAAAAAAAUAACUGUUGAUGGUUUCCUUUUUAUACUUAUUCCCUUUUAGAAUGCGAGUCUUGCUUGUGGAAGUCUAAGUACAUGCGGUUAGUACGUCAGCACUCGAAGGUGGCAAAAAAACUGAAAGGUUCGAGCAUUCAACGUUAUCGGCUGACAAAUUCAUUAACCGCAAAAUGUUUGGACGAACCGAGCAACUUUACUACUGAGGAAGGGUUCCCACCUGUUGAUCAAAUCAAGGCCAUGAACGAUGCCACGCCGGAUAAGGAUUUCGCCUUUGUUCGUCUACUCAUGAAAGAGCUCUGGCCAAAAGGUUUUGGCAAUCAGACUUUGUCCGGAAAUCCAUCGCGCAACAGCCAAGGUCGGCGAUCUGGUUCAUCUAAGCCGUCCAAAUCACACACUGUUAGAGAAGUUGAUGGUGCUCUUGAUCGUAAGAGAGUCAAAUUCGUUAAAAGCCGUCUUGCAGAGCGCAUCAUGUUGAAAGGACAAGAUGUGACCACUGCUUUGCAAGUUGUGUACUGUUACUGCAACAAGUGGAUGUCUCAGAUCAUUUGCAGCUACAACCAAAAAGGUGCCUGGUCAUCUAAAUUAACGUAUUAAGCCAGCUGAAACCUUUAGUUAUCCUCAAGUGCAUUUGAUUAAGUUUUACGUCAUUCUGUAAUUCUGUGAUUUCGGAAUACACGAUUAAGUUCUAAGUCAUUGAAGACAAAUUAAAGCUAAAUAAAGCAAUUUAUUCCUGAAAUCGUUUAUUUGUUAUGUCAGAAAUCUUAAUCAGUUUUGGCUCAAU